AUGGCAGACACAAGAUUCAAGCUUAAUACCGGCGCUGAGAUCCCAGCUUUGGGUCUGGGGACCUGGCAAUCUGGUCCUGGAGAGGUGAAGAAGGCAGUUUCGUAUGCGCUAGCUAAUGGAUACAAGCACAUUGAUUGCGCAUACUGUUACGGCAACGAGGACGAAGUUGGUGAGGGUCUCAAGGAAGCCUUCGCAAACGGUGUCAAGCGCGAGGACAUCUUCGUGACCACAAAGCUAUGGUCGACAUACCACUCUCGCGUUGAGCAGAACCUGGAUAUGAGCUUAAAGAGUCUGGGACUCGACUAUGUUGAUCUGUACUUGAUGCAUUGGCCCGUCGCCAUGAACCCUAACGGCAACCACGAGAAAUUCCCCAAAAACCCCGACGGCAGCCGUGAUCUCGUCGCCGACUGGAAGCACACGCAAACAUGGCAAGCCAUGGAGAAGCUCGUCGCAACUGGUAAAGUCAAAGCCAUCGGCGUGGCCAACUACUCAGUCAAAUACCUCGAGGAGCUCCUCCCGACCGCGACCAUCGUCCCAGCCGUCAACCAGAUCGAGAACCACCCUUCACUGCCCCAGCAAGAGAUUGUAGAUUUCUGCAAGGAGAAGGGCAUUCACAUCACGGCAUACAGUCCGCUGGGCAGCGCAGGGAGCCCGAUGAUGAAGGAGAAGCCGAUCUUGGAGGUUGCGGAGAAGAGGGGCGUCUCGCCUGCGAGUGUGUUGUUGAGUUAUCAUAUCGCGAGAGGUAGUUCCGUCCUAGCUAAAUCCGUCAACCCCGAGAGGAUAAAGGCAAACAAGGAGAGCAUUAUCAAGCUCGACGCAGCAGACAUGAAGAUCCUCGAUGAUUACGCAAUUGGUCUCACAAAGUCGGGCAAGGUUGUUAGAUACGUGUAUCCUGCGUUUGGUGUAGAUUUUGGUUUCCCAGAUAAGUCUUAG